AACAAAUGAAAGACCAAGUUGAUAUGGACGCUAGUAUGUCUAGCUCUGGAAUGCAAUCUGAAAUUGAAAACACUGCUAAAUUGUUGCACCCAUUAAACUCUUCUGCAACAAAUUUGGCAAGAAUCUUGAGUUCAUCUCUCAACGGAAGUACUCUCUCUCAACUUGCAAUUCAGAACAAGGUAGCUCCAAUGUUGUUUCAAACAUUUUCAGUAAUUCCUCACAUAUCGCAGAUUUCAUAUUUUGGAUUGGAAGGUCCUUUUUUCGCCUACUAUCGUGAUGGCAACGAGACUUAUGCAAUAUAUUCUAACUCAUCUAUAGCUCCUUCCAAUUCAAGCGCCCUAAGUCUACAAAUAAAAUGCACUUGGUAUAAGCAAGCUGCAGACCCUGACACAGGAAAACUAUAUGGAAAUGCAAGUGAGUCUCAGGCUAACAUCUUGGCUAAUGCAAGUUGGAUUCAAGAAGCCUUAAGUAGUGGUAAUGGGCAUGCCUCUAUAGGAAAUGGAUGGAGCAGUGCUCAGGAUAUUAUAUUCCUUAAUUCUGUUAGUAUACUUGGACAAGGGGCUAUCUCCUUAGGAUUUCCAGUUAACGCAGUGAUCAAUUUCUUCAAUGCAAUAGAAUUUUAUGGUGGAAGCUUAUGCUUGGCUACUGUAAAAGGAGACGUACUUUCAAACGGGCUACCUAACACUCAACUGGUGAUAACAGGAAAAUCAAUUUCCUUUAACUUGAUGAAUUCGGAUGGUGACCAUAUAGAUCAUAUAGGAAAAGUAUCAUGCAUGCCUAAUAAAGGCAUGCUAAGGCCUUCACUUCUGAAGAUUGGAGAAGCAAAGUACAUGGCUUACUGUUCUCAACUGGAAAUUAUGGGAGUACAAUCAGUGUAUGCACUGGCUUUCCCACACCAUGGAGUAGUGAGUACUGUCGACAGGAGUACCAAAGUGGCUCUAAUUUUAUUGCUGGUAAUGGUAGUUGCAGUCUUUAUCUCAAUUUUCAGUUUUGUAGUGCUGAUGGUCAGGGCGGCAACUAGAGAGAUACAUCUAUCUUCAGCACUGAUAAGACAAAUGGAAGCAACUCAACAAGCAGAAAGGAAGAGCAUGAAUAAGAGUCUUGCCUUUGCUAGCGCUAGCCACGAUAUCCGUGCUGCCUUAGCAGGCAUUACUGGGUUGAUAGAGAUAAGCUAUGGAGAAGUAUCUCCUUAUGAAUUACAGACGAAUUUACAUCAAAUGGAUGAUUGUGCAAAGGAUCUAGUAGGUUUGCUGAAUUCGAUUCUUGAUACGAGCAAAGUUGAAGCUGGAAAGAUGCAGGUUGAAUUAGAGGAAUUUGAUUUAGCCAACCUGCUUGAAGAUGUAGUAGAUUUGUUUCACCCUGUAGGUAUGCAAAAAGGUUUAGAUGUUAUAUUGGAUCCUUGUGAUGGAUCUGUUCUUAAAUUCUCUAAUGUAAAAGGCGACAGGGGAAAGCUGAAACAAGUCCUCUGUAAUUUAUUGGGCAAUGCUGUCAAGUUUACUUCUGAAGGGCACGUAUCGGUUCGAGCAUGGGCACGGAAGCCCAGCUUGGAGGACAAGAUUAUUGCUUCCAGUCAGAAAGGACUCUGGAGACACUGCUCGUGUUGGUUUAUGGAGCACAAAGAUCAUGAUGCGGAAACCAUGGAUUCAAUGAAGCAGAAUCCCAACUGUAUGGAAUUUCUAUUUGAAGUGGACGAUACAGGUAUAGGAAUUCCGAAAGAAAUGCAAAAAUCAGUGUUUGAAAAUUUUGUUCAGGCGAAGGAGACAGCUUUCGGGCAAGGAGGCACUGGCUUAGGACUUGGAAUUGUUCAAUCUUUGGUACGUUUGAUGGGUGGAGAAAUAGGAAUUGUUGAUAAAGAGAACAACGAGAAGGGAACAUGCUUCAAGUUUAACACUUUCCUCAUAACUUCUGAGAUUCCUUCAACUAGUUACACAAGAGGUGACAUUGAAAUGGGAAGGGAUUCCAUAUCCAAUAAGGCACAUCAAUAUUCAGAGCUGACUGUUAAAGCUCCUACUAGUUUUACUAGCUUUGCUGCCAGUCCCAGGUUGUCUAUAUUAGGUUCUAGUCUGAAGAUUGAUGGAUCUCAUGUUGUUCUCUUGAUCCAAAAUAAACAGCGGCAAAGAAUCGUUCAAAAGUUCAUAGAGAGAUUGGGGAUAAGGAUAUCAGUUGUCAGCAAAUGGGAACGCCUUUCUUCCACGCUAACCAAAAUUAGAUCUAAGCAGAAUGUUUCACCUUACAGCUAUUCAGGGAAAUCAGAUCUUGGUUCAAGGAAUGAAAUCUCUAGCAGUAGGCCAAAGAAGGAUGUUCCUUUAAGUUACUUGGAUGGGGCAGAACAAAAGCCACUUUCCCACAGAAGUAGCAGCAGCAUUCUAAAAGGUGCUCCAAGCUUUAUUUUGCUUGUGAUUGAUACUAGCACCGGACCAUUUGAAAAACUCCAACAAGCUAUAACUGAAUUUAGAAGAGGCCUCCACAGUGCUCGUUGCAAGGUUGUUUGGUUGGACAAACCAACUUUGCGUAGAAUUCAUGGAGGCAUUGAAGAUGAUAUAAUUGACUCAGAUGAUGAAAUUUCGCUGAAACCAUUUCAUGGCUCUCGUUUGUAUCACGUAAUUAGGUUUCUACCAGAAUUUGGGGGUACCUUGCACCAUGGAGUUUCGUCAUCCAAACCCAAGAGGGAAAGUACAAUUCGAGCAAGAAAAGCUAUUAAAGAUCCUGGAUCAUCAUCUGCAAUUAAGUUACAACGUAGGCAACACUCACUUCAAGAAGGGCACAUGGUAGUAGAGGGCAGCACAAUUAGGGAGCACCACAAGACAACAGGACAAUAUCCAGCUAGAAAAGAUUCAAUUGGAUCUUCAGAGAUACAUGAUAGAGAAUGUGGUAACCAAAGCAGUGAUAAACCCUUGAGCGGGGUGAGAUUCUUGGUUGCUGAUGAUGAUCAAGCCUCCCGCAUGGUAGCCAAGGGUAAUCUUUCAAAACUCGGUGCGUCUGUUAAGCUUUGUGCAAAUGGAGAGGAAGCUCUAGAACUAGUCCGUUACGGUCUACAAAACCAAAACAAAAAUAGAAGAUAUUCCGUGGCUCCUUAUGAUUACAUUCUAAUGGACUGUGAGAUGCCAAUAAUGAAUGGGUAUGAAGCAACGAGGCAGAUAAGAUUAGAGGAGAGAUCUUAUGACAUUCAUAUGCCCGUUAUAGCAUUAACAGCAGAUGAUGAUAAUGGCGAGAAGAUGGAGGAGGCAGGAAUGGAUGACCAUCUGCACAAACCACUAAAUAGAGAUCAAUUGCUGAAAGCCAUAGGAAUUAAGGAGUCCAUAUAGUGCUUUUAUAUCUCAUCUAUCUUUUAUGGUACUAACCUUUCUUUAGAAGUCUUACA